AGACCGUCACUCUGGAGAAACUGGAAAAGAUGCAACGCGAAGCUGAAUUGCGAGCCAGAGACGAGCAGACGAAAACCGAGUCCAAUUAAAAAUUAAAUCUUUUUUUUUCAUUUACAAUCUGUUGAAAAAAAAUAAUAAUGUCUCUUGGACCACUCAUUGGAGAGGUGGUCAUCACCUUCGUCCUUGCAGCCUGCUUGCUCUACAGAUAUGGCAACUGGUUCAAGCACCACAUAAUUGUCACCGUGUCCGUUCUCGUCGCCUGGUAUUUUUCGUUUUUGAUUAUUUUUGUGCUGCCGUUGGACGUCUCAUCUACUGUGUACCGACAAUGUAUGCAAACUUUGAACGCCUCGACUGAGCCGCCAGAGACCAAGAAUGGCUCCUCCUCGGACUCUCCCUCUUGUCACGUCCCUUGGAGUUACGUACCUGACGAGGUUUUCCCCGACCUGUGGAGGGUCGUUUACUGGACCUCUCAGUUUCUCACCUGGUUGAUUCUUCCUCUGAUGCAAUCGUAUACGAAAGCAGGUGACUUUACCGUGAAAGGAAAACUGCGAUCGGCUCUCAUUGACAAUGCCAUCUACUACAGCACCUACCUUUUUAUUUGCUGCGUGCUUUUUGUCUAUCUAGUCCUGAAGCCAGGACUUGAUGUUGACGGGAGCAAACUGAAGGUGAUUGCCUCGAGCGCCAGUAACACCUGGGGUCUUUUCCUCUUGGUGCUUUUGCUGGGGCAUGCAUUGGUGGAGGUGCCACGCUCUCUUUGGCGCGCAAGCUCUUAUGGACACUCUCUCAGCAAAGCUUAUUUUAGAACAGCAAAAUUGAGCUCCGAACGGAGCGAAUCUGAGGAGGCUGUUGAUGAUGUUCUAGAGCAUUUACAAGCAGUGACUCUCUCGGUUGGUCCGGGCCACUACCUACACAGACACUUGGAGACAAUCAUGCAGAAAAUUCCGGCAGAAAUCCGAGAUAGAAUGGGUCGACGACCCCCAGCCGACGGCUCUGUGCCAGACGAGCCAACAGAAAAGUCGCUUGUCAGACUCCACAAACAAGUGAAGAAAGCUCUUCAAAUGCAGCACAGAACUGAGGCGCAGUGGGUGAUCUUAUUGGACAAGGUCAUUGCCCUGGAAGACGCAUCUCGCUUCUUCAGCAACCACGCCAGGCCAAAUUCGUGGUGGCCCCCUAGUCAGCGUAAUCAAAAGAUAAAUCACAUUUAUAAAGCAAAACUGAAUUUUGUUUGCAUAGAUUGGUACUGGAGAGGGAAGGAGUACUUCCUGAAGGCAGCUGCGGUGUGCGCAGGAACCCUGUCGGCAGCCAUCAUUUGGUCCGAAGUGACCUUCUUCGUAAAAGACCCUGUGCUUUCCAUUUUUGCUAGAAUAGUCAACCUGGCCAAAUCCAACUACGAUUACUUCACUAUAGAGUUGAUUUCAACUUUGGUCAUCGCCUACUUGUGCUAUUGUGCGUACUCGACUGUUUUCAAAGUGCGCGUCCUCAACUUUUACUACCUUGCUGGUCACCAUGGCACCGACGAGUAUAGUCUCAUUUUCUCUGGAAUGAUGUUGUGUCGACUGACGCCGCCUAUGUGCUUGAACUUUCUGGGUCUGAUCCACAUGGACAGCCACGUGAUCAAAACCCGCAUUCUCGAAACGCACUACACGCAGGUGAUGGGCCACAUGGACGUAAUAGGCAUUGUGUCCGACGGCUUCAACAUCUAUUUCCCCACCGUGCUACUCCUUUUGUGCGCCGCAACCUACUUCAGUCUUGGCUCGCGGCUCCUCUCAGCACUCGGCUUCCACCAGUUCAUUGGAGGCGAAGACGAAAUGACCGCAGAUCUGAUUGACGAAGGCAGGGAUUUGGUUAAAAGAGAAAAGAGAAGAAGGCAGCGCACCGAAGAAACCUCGGCUAGGAGACGAGACUUCCACGAACGGUUCGGAACUUCUCUUGGAAUCCGACGGAUGAGGAAUGACGACAGAGAAGUUGAUCCUUCCGAGGAGACACCAGAAGUGAGCACCAUGGGCAUGCUCUUGUGUUGCAGUUCGACGGAGCGAAGAGCUGGAGAGCCAGGAGUCUGCCCGGGCUGUGUUGCUGCGAGACGUGGAGCCGCUGGACUACAGCUCGGCAGAGUUGCAUCCGGAGGACGAGACCCUGCGCCUGCCGGAGAGGACGCGCUUCAACCAGUUGCCCAGGGGGCUGUUUGACGACGUUUAACGACAAAUCUGAACUCUAGGCUAAAAAUACUUAACGAGCAAAUUCUGCGUAACAAAUCAGUCAGAAGACAUCAGGACAAGCCCUGAAACGCCAAUUAUUAGUAUGGUAGCUUGCAAACAGAUGUCUUGUUUUUCGUUUUCAAUUAGUUUGUAAAGCAAAAUGAUUUAUUGUGAUUACUGAGUGUUAUUAGCACAGAAUUAGGAGCAGAACUGCUCUCUUUGUAAGAGACAAAGGUCUUAUCUCUAGAGCAAUUAAUUCUUCUCAUUGUUCGGUACCUGUUUUGUUGGCAUUCCAGUGCAAUUUAGACAUUUUACAUUUCUUGUUGUAACUAACUAGCUAAUCUUGAAUAAUUUUUGUAUUGUUUGCUCUUGCAUUAAAGCAGCAAACUCUUGAGCCAAUGAGGAGUAUUUCAUUGUCAGGAGAGUUUAAUGGAAAAAAACAAGGUAAUUUUUAUUUGACAUUAUUAUUUUUUAUCAAUCAUGUUUACAGUAUAAUAUCUUAAUGUAGUCGCUGAAAAUUUCAUGUUUUUUUUUACAAUUUUCUGGUUGUCCUU